UCGUAAUUUGGCAAGUGAAAGAUCGAUCCUUCGUGCAUUGUUAAAUAUUGCGUGUAAUAUUAAAUUUCAACAUGUCGAUUAUGCCAUUAUGGCCACAUUUACAACCCAGAGCCACGGAUCCGUUGUGGUUUAACGCCGAUAGGCCAUGUGACGAUGAAAGCGAGGUAGCUGCACUCGAAGCAGAACACCAAGCAUGGAGAGAACACGUUCGAAUACAAGGAUACGAUCAUAUUCCUAUUGGCAAGACAGUCAGCGACUUCAGAGGAUCCGUGGAAGAGGAAGAAGAGGAGGAGGAAGAAGAGGGAGAAGGGGAGGAGGAGGAGGAAUCGGAUACCCAUGAAGAAGAGGAAGAAGAUUUGGACGAAAUUGGUAUGGAAGUGAGCUACUCCCAUCAGCAGCAGAGAUCCAGUCCAACCGAUACAGUGACAGAACCAGUGUCCAUCAGAAUGGUCAGCACACAUACCGGUCGAUACCCUUGAACUAUCUUAUACGAUCACUACCGAUUUUCAACCCUAUAUACAUUAAAUGCUU